UGCGAGCGCGUGGCUGCCGACAGAGUGCUUACCGAGACACGUACGCACUGUCUAACGCAUGCUGUAGCACCACUCUCGCAUCGCAGCUCGUCGCCGGCGUUACGAGUCCACCGGUGCGCUUGCUAAGGUGCCUCUGCACCACCAGCUAGGAGAGCUCAGGCCGCGGCAUCGCUACCCACCGUAAGACCAAGCCCAAAAGGACGUGGACAUGUCGCAACCGCCGCAACCAACACCCGGCGAGCCGAAGAAGCGGCGCCCGGCAGAGCCGAAGAAGAUGCGGAGGCGCUUCACGGGGGGCCCGCCCGUCAUCAAGAAGUUUUCGGCGCGGGCCGGCCCGCGGCGCAUCCCCGAUUCUGCUGAGCUGGGCGCGAUGCACGUUGUGAUGAAGAGCGGGGCGAUUUUGCCCCAAGGCCCGCAGCACAAGGACUUCUACAAGACCGUCAAUUUGUUGCUUACUUGUUCUGCGGAGUUGGAAGUUGUUGCUGUGGAGGUCGACAACCUGGAAGAAAGGCGACCGUUGCUCGACGGCGUCGCGGCGGCACUCGAUCAAGCGUUGCCUUUAUUACGACCGUCGUCGUCAACCGAUUGCGAUGACGAGGACCCCUGGGCCUGGAAGUUAACUGCUGUAAAUGUGGAUCUCAAAGCGAGGAAGGCGGAAUCAAGGUUAGCUCGGGCGUUGUUGGCCAUUUUAAGGAAUCUCGCGCAAGUGCCAGUCAAUCGAGGCGCGAUCGCGAACCACCCCGUGCUGCUGCAUCACGUGCUGGAUUUGUUAGAACCCGAGUUAUUAGGCUUGGAGAGUGCCGCCUUCGCGAUUGAUAUACUCGUGUCUGUGGUCAAGCACGUCGAGAUUGGCGGCGCUUUUUUGGAACAGCCGAUCCUGAGGCAUUACUUGUUGCGGGGUUUUGAUGGUGAUGUCGCGACACAAAGAGUAUUACGGGCGGCGGCGGGUCUACCGGGCCUCGCGCCGCCGAUCCACCGCUGUAGACGGGUGGAAGGCGGGUUAUGCGGCGACGAACCUCGACUCAAGGCGAGGCUAGCUAGGAGAGUCUUCCGCGUCAUCCGCGCCGGUCUACACUUCGGCGCGGCGCGGGACGCGUCUACUUUAUUAUUACCUCAUCAGAAUGACGUCUCAAAAGUAUCUGUCAGAUUGGCGGACGCACUCAGGCAGCCCGGGGCGCUGGCGCGCCUGAAAAUGCACCAGCGCCACAUGGCUUUGAGGAGCCUCGAGGCGUUGGGCCAACUCCGAAGCUCGGAGUGGAACAACGUCGCGUUCGCGAAGACGCCGCAAGACGUCGCGAAGCUCUGCCGGGACCGCCUCGCUUUUCAUGAUUUAGAUGAUAUGAGAAUAGUGGACUCGGAGUGCCGCCUCGCGGCGUUGGAAGCACUAUUGCUCCUCGUGGACGCGGGACCGCUGUCCGCGGCGACGGUGGCAGCUCGGCGCAACGUCGUCGAUUUAGCUGCCGCUGUAAUAGCCGCGGCCCACGCGCGCUACGCCGAGCCGCCGGCGCUGGCGAGCGGUCCGGCAGAACCGCCCGCGGCCCGACCGCCCGUUUACGAGCACGCGCGCGGCGGUUUGUGUUGUGUCGGACGCUUACCUUCUGAUAUUGCGGCGCCGCCCCUCCCGCCGACGGACGACACGGGGGAUCGACUGGCACCGCCUCGAUCGGUGCGGGCCGAGACGGUGCGCAUCGCGGCGGCGCUGCUGGCGGCGUUGGCCCACGCGGACAUCGACGCCCGGGCGCGCGUGAAGGCGCUGGCGCCUUUACUAGUGCCGGUGGCGGCGACGGACGAGGCCGUCGCGGACCUGCUCUUCACGAAGCUGCGGGCGGCGCUGGGCGACGGCGAGAACCCGCGGAGUCGGCGGAAGGUUAAUUGAAGUUGCUUAUA